ACUCGCACAGGGACUCGCACAGGGAACUCGAACAGGGAACUCGAACUCGAACAGGGAACUCGAACAGGAACUCGAACUCGAACAGGGAACUCGAACUCGAACAGGGAACUCGAACAGGAACUCGAACAGGAACUCGAACUCCCACAGGGAACUCAAACUCCCACAGGGAUGAUAUCCAACGCCAUCUGUCGACACCUUUUGUCUUUGUCCGUUGCGCUGUGUGCUGAUCACAGGCUUUUGACUUCACGUUCCCCCUCUCUCUGUCUUGUUGCUGGCUACGCCUAUACGAACGUUGAACUCGCGCAUUGUCCGACCACUCCAAAGCACCAAAGGACGAGUCCUGUGCCCGGCGGUUGGCCUCAAACUGCGUCCACACAUUCAGCCAGCGAACGAGAACCGCUCACAUCCCGGCGUCUACUCUAGCUCGUGGCCAGUAUCUUCACGGCGGUCCGUUGGCCCUAUCACAGGUCUCGCCAUUCCCAGCCAGGCCUGCACUCGCUGAUCUGGGCUCCCUUGUUUCUAUUUCCAUUCUCCCAUAGCGUGAGUAAGAGAGUCCCACACCCACUUCGCGGCCCUUCUCACCCUUCUCCCGCCCUGCCCUGCGCUCCCGCACUCAUGCGAAUGCACCAUCUCCACUCCCGUCAAAACCCUCUCCGUCCCACCUCCUCAGACUCCUCUUCUUCUCCUCCUCGAUAGCUGGCCUCUCCGUUUCUAAAUCUACCUUCUUCUACCCAUCAUCGCUCGAUCCUUCCAAAGUCUCUUCUCGUUGCGAUCUUACUUCAACCUGCACUGCCCCCCCCCACUGGUGGUGUGUCUUUGUCAAAAGUAUUGCCUUAAGGCACUUCUUCUUUCAUUUUUUAUAUAUCAAACCUACUGCGAUGGGCUCUUCCAGCAAACCCACCCCACUUCAACUAAGAGGACGCACGGCAUCCGAGUCCUCAGCGAGCUCCUCACAAUCCGCCCUCCAAGUCCCAAGGACACCGCGAUUCGCAGAAGCGACCGCAGUCAACUCCCCAAUCGACGGCAAAGGUCCAUCGCCAUUCGACGACCCCCCAGAAGCCAGCAUGUCUGAAGCCAAACCCUCUGAUAUCGGCUUCGGCUAUAUCGCAGAUAACACGGUCACGCGCCAUGUCGAGGUCCAAGUCGGCCCAGCCUCUCCCGGCCUCAAGAGCGCCAUGAAGGUCCCCGGCACCCCGGCGCGCAAGCUCGAAAAUCCACUGAGCCCGACGUUCAGAGAGGAGCAGUUCCUGGAGAAGCAGGAAGAGGUUACUGAUAAGCAGCAGGCGAAGGACUUGAAAGUAAAGGUCCGCGUGCGUGCAGUCAAGCUGCUCCUCCGUGGUGUAAACUUUGGCUGCAGUCUCAUCGUCCUCGCUCUCGUCGGUACCACUAUCCACGUCUUCAUGGCUACAAAGCAUCUCCCAGCACGCAGCGAUCUCCCGCCCUGGGCUAGUGGAACGCAAACCUGGCCCCAAUAUGUCGUCCUCGCUACUGCCUGUGUCUCUCUCUUCUUCUGUGUUCUGGUCUUCUGGGCAUACUUCCGCGGCGGCCAUCGGCGAGCCGAAAAGACAGCUGUCUAUUACACUAUAUUCGCAGUCGGCUUCUUCUUGUUUAGUAUCGUCAUGUGGGCUAUCGCAGCUGGCAUCCUACAAGGCACACGGAAUAAUGGCAGCGGAAAAGAUAUAUGGGGCUGGUCAUGCGUCGAUAAUAAGCGCCGGCAAGCCUUCAACGACGAAAUCGACUACCAGCUAGUCUGCCGCAUCCAAUCCUGGGCCGUCAUCUGCUGCGUCAUCGAAGUCGUCGUCGAGACCAUCACCAUCGCCAUCUACGGCGUAAUCUUCUACCGCUACUACUCCAAGCGCCAACUCCGCAAGACAAUGGACAACCGCGACAAAGCCCGCUCCGACCUCUACCUGGCCCAGCUGCGCACCCAAUCCGCCCCCAACACCCCCGGCUUCGGUCCCCUCUCCCCCUCCUACAGCACGCACAUGAAAUCCCCCCGCUUCCCCUCCUCCUUCGCCGCCACCGCCUCCGACGCCGAAGAAGGCCAAGGCUCCACCGCCGCACCAGGAACCCGCUUCGUCGACGCCUCGCACCCCGGCUCCGCCGCCCCCGCAAAGCCUUUCGCCCUCCAAGCACCCCCGAUCAAGAUCCACGCCGCGUCCCCCAAGACGCCGCCCAUCCGCGCCUUUACCCCGCCCGCUCCGCUCGCGGAGACGAACGCGGGUCAUGCCCCUGUUGCCCCGGGGGAGCAGCAGUACGCUUCUGUUCCUAUUCCGGGGGCGUAUCAGCCGGCGAGCCCGGGGCCGGGUCAGGCGACGUUUGGGUUCGCGGAGGGGGCGCCGGGGCAGGCCGUUACGAGUGAGCAUAGGAUUGAGAGCCCGCCGAGUAGUCCGAGGUUGCCCCGGCAGGUUCCGCGAUUUUCUUGAGUGUACUCGACUCGGGUUAGGGGGGUUUUAUGACAUUGGGUUGGGAUUGGGACGGGAUAAAUGAUUUUUUUGUAUCUAGGGAGUUGGGACUCAAGACUGAUCAGUCGCUUUUCUUUUUUAUACCUUUUUUUUUUGUCGUUCGAAGUGGGUAGCCAUGGGAUAUCCAGAAGGGGUUUAUAUAAUAGGAUGAUAUGAAUACAUUGUGCUGUUAAACAAUUAAAUACUCUGUGCUGGCUCUGGUGCUUGAGUUUACUUUGUGCGGAAGGGAAAAUUGGUGUGCGAGACGGUAAAUUUCGAUGAACAGGCUAGAAAUGCAUUAAAUUGUUAUUUUCAGAGAAAACCAUAUAUAUUUAAUACAUCAACGAG